CUUUACCAAAAUGUACUAUUGUUUGAUAUCAUGGCCAACUGAAGACAGGCACAUCCCACCGGCUAAUCAUCGGUCACGAGGAGCUUGAAGACGCGCUCACGCGUUAAUGACUUGCAGCUAGAAGCGCGUUUUCGUUCUCCGCCAUUUCAAAACGGACUUAUUACACACCUUAGCUGGCUGGAGAAUUUCAUGGUUGUAGAUAUUUACUGAGAGAAAUAGACGUUCUCAUUUCGGAUUCCUACUUCUCCAUCUGAUCAAAACACCAAUCUUCAAUCUCCACUCAACAGUCAAAUGUUCAUUGGAAUCUGCGGCAGCAUCUGCGCCGGCAAGCGCACCAUCGCCAAUUACCUCGCCGACCACCACGGCUUCACCCACCUCUACCUCUCCCCAAAACACACAACCCAAACCACCCCCCCAUCCUCCAUCUCCUCCUCCUCCACCACCCAAACUACCUUCUCCACCCCCGAAGAACUCCUCGAAUUCGUCACCAAACGAUGGCGCGACCGCUUCGUAACAACCGACAUACCCUCAGAAGAAAUCCUCGAAUUGUACACCCGCCGCCCCUUCUUCCUUCUCCUCUCGGUUGACGCCCCCUUGACCGUCCGCUGGAAACGUUUCCUAGCUCGACAGUCCCAGUCCAACCACGGUCGGUUCUUGAAAGGACCAAACGAGGAGUCGGAACUCGAUCAUGAAGUUACUGAUCUCGAGUCGUUCGUCACACUAAACGACUCCCAUCUCUACGAUCCAGUAAAUGGCACCCAGGCGAUGAUAUCAAGAGCGACAGUGAGGUUGUUGAACACCUCUUCUUCUCUCGCCCACUUGUACGCCACGCUGGGGAAGCUGGAUUUGUUGAAUCAAGACCGGCUCCGCCCGUCUUGGGACGCCUACUUCAUGGCGUUGGCUGAGCUGGCGGCGCAGAGAGCAAACUGCAUGAAGCGGCGGGUUGGAUGCGUUAUUGUGAGGGAUAAGAGGGUUAUCAGCACGGGUUACAACGGUACACCCAGGGGCUUGGUCAACUGUGGGGAGGGGGGAUGUGACAGGUGCAAUGCCGGUCAGGGGUCAGGACACGGGUUGACGACUUGUCUUUGUAUCCAUGCCGAGGAGAAUGCCCUGCUUGAAGCGGGAAGGGAGAGGGUGAGGGAGGGCGCGGUGCUGUACUGCACUACGCACCCGUGCUUGACGUGCAGCAUCAAGAUUGUUCAGGUUGGGAUUGGGGAGGUGGUGUAUAGUCACGGGUAUAGCAUGGAUGGGGAUACGGCGGCGGUGUUUAGAGAGGCGGGGGUGAAGUUGAGGCAGUAUGCCCCGCCUGCGAAUGGGCUGGUACAUCUUGAGAAACUGGAUGUGUACAAGUAGAUAGAAGACAACAAUAGUUCAGCCGGGGACAAUCGUUCACUGACCAACCCAGAAUCAUCCAACCUCGUCCAAGCUUGCUGUCGCCGACUCACGCCACAGACGAUGCCAGAAAGAUCAUGAAUAACACAGACACCUGUGUCCUCGAGACAAAUCUCCAACGGGUAACUCAAACAGGUGUGUCAAGCCAAUACAGCCUUCGCUCAACAUGCAGAGCUGGGGCAUUGGCACAAAUGAGCAAGUAGAAAGAUAUGGUAUCAAUCCAUCACCUCCCUCCGCACCACCAAAAACCGGCAGCCAAACCCG